CGUGUUUCUCUCAGUUCUCAGUGACUCGGUUCAAAUGUUGGAUCGCUCUGCUCAUCUCUGCGGCUCUGUCUCUCUCCUUCUCUUUGUGUAAUUAUAGACCACACAUCCGACAUAUGAUGAUUAUAGGACACGUAUGAUUUCACAGUAAUACAGAUUACAUGAGUAUAGAAGAAUAUUUUGAAGAAGAUGAAGAACCACCUUUACUGCUCAGCUCCUGUCUGUCUGAUCCUGCUGGAGUUAUGGGGGACGUUAGCGGCUCAGUGUCGGUGGGAGGACGGGUGUGUGUGUCCGCUCUGUCCACCCGGACAGGAGCCCACCACGGCUUGCGGGGAAGUUGAGGGUCCUGGUGAGACCGGAUUGUGCCGGACUUGCCCAGCCGGCACCUUCUCUGAAACCAAUGACACUGAGCCGUGCCGCCCACAUGUCUCCUGCAGGACACUGAAGCGCUGGAUCUCGACCGCACCGACCUCACUCUCUGACGCUGUGUGUGGAGGAUGUCUUCCUGGGUUUCACCCUGCUGCUACAUGGAAGUCCUCCACCCUCCACGCCUGCGUCAGGAAGCCACACAGCCGGCGGAGACGUAACGUUGUUAAGAGCGCCCCCAACAGGUCUGGAGUGGGAGGCACAAACGCCACCAGCGUUCAGGGUCCAGAGGAGAAGAGCACGGAGUAUGCUGUGUUUGCACUGGUGCCUAUCUUCUGUGUGAUGGGCCUGCUGGGAAUUCUCAUCUGCAACAUACUCAAGAAGAAAGGCUACCGCUGCAAUGCAGAGAAAGACGAGGUGGAUGCAGAAGCCGCCACUCCACAGAAAGAAGGAAACCUUUGUCCGUACAUUGUUGAUGACCCCAAUGAAGACACCAUCAGUAUUCUGGUGCGGCUCAUCACCGAGAAGAAAGAAAAUGCGGCCGCUCUGGAAGAACUUCUGCAGGAAUAUGAGAAUAAACAGAUGGCCCUCAACAAGAGCUCCUCCAUCAGGUUUCCGGCUCUUCCUCAUUUCCCUCCGUUCCGGUCGUUGCCUCGGCUGUGUUCUCACCAGCAUCACUUGCACACUAUAAACGGGCUAGCGCCGCGCUCCGGCCUCUGCUGCUCCCGCUGCAGUCAGAAGAAGUGGCCCGAGCUGCUGCUGCCCAUCGACACGCACAAGAGCCCCACUAACCUGGCCAAGACGCCGGAGGUCACCGUCCUGUCUGUAGGGAGGUUUCAAGUCGCUCAGAUCCCAGAAGUGAAGUCAUCUUCCAAGGAAGCGAGCGAUACGGACUCCAUGGACAGCGGCCACACCGAGCCUGCGGAAGAGCGCUCCCUGCUGGGCGUGUCCUCUUCCUGUAACUCCGCCUCCUCAAAGUCCAGACAGGAGAUGAACAUCUGAAAGGAGGAGGAGGACGUCCAGGACGGGACGGAUGACAUCAUCUGCAGGCGAGCGAGAGAGCAGUAUUCACCAACUUGAGGAGCCUUGAAUUCAAGACCUUAGGAAACAUUCGUAUUUAUUGCAUAAGUCAUAGAACUAUUUUAUUAAUAAGCAACAAGCUCUGUCUCUGCUAGCAGAUAAUAGGAGAGCGAAGGGCAUUUCCUCCGAAAGCAAGUGUGCUUCCUCAAGACACUAAAGAGGUCUUCAGUGCAGAAAACAGAACUGAGAACAACGAGACACCAGUUAGAAAACAUUACCAAGUAUUAUCAGAAACUAGUUUGAUUUACAUCUCUUUUUUUACUGUAGUGCUGUUUUUUAGUAUUUAAGAUUUUUAAAUGAAAUGCAAAUGUACAGACAUGGUCAUAAGUUUGCGAACAUCUUGUUUUGUUAAUAAUAAAUAAAAGAAAACGUAUAAAAUCA